UCCCGAUGCCCGCGCGCCGCGCGCCCGCCGUGCCAAGCCCCGGAGGAGCCUCCGUGCCCGGUGCCCAGGACUCCCAGCCAAACUCCCAGACAUGAUGUUAGUGGGGUCCCAGUCCUUCUCCCCCGGGGGACCCAAUGGGAUCAUCAGGAGCCAGUCCUUUGCGGGGUUCAGCGGUCUUCAGGAGCGACGAUCCAGAUGUAACUCGUUUAUCGAAAACCCCACUGCUCUCAAGAAACCUCAGGCCAAGCUGAAGAAGAUGCACAACUUAGGGCACAAGAACAGCAACCCCCCCAAAGAACCCCAACCUCAAAGGGUUGAAGAGGUCUACCGGGCCCUGAAAACUGGACUCGAUGAGUAUCUAGAAGCUCACCAGACAGAGCUGGACAAACUGACAGCGCAGUUGAAAGACAUGAGAAGGAAUUCGCGCCUGGGUGUGCUGUAUGACCUAGACAAGCAAAUCAAAACCAUCGAAAGAUACAUGAGGCGGCUGGAGUUCCACAUCAGUAAGGUGGAUGAACUCUACGAAGCUUAUUGCAUCCAAAGACGCCGUGCAAGAUGGUGCCUAGUAAAAAUGAAGCAAGCCUUCGGGUCCUCGCCGGCCAGCAGAGCUGCCCGAGAGAGCCUGUCAGAGAUCAGCCGGAGCUACAAAGAGUACACAGAGAACAUGUGCACCAUUGAAGCCGAGCUGGAGAAGCUGCUGGGAGAAUUCGCCAUCAAGAUGAAAGGUCUGGCUGGCUUCGCUCGCCUCUGUCCCGGGGAUCAGUAUGAGAUCUUCAUGAAGUACGGCCGGCAGAGGUGGAAGCUGAAAGGCAGGAUAGAAGCCAAUGGCAAGCAGAGCUGGGACGGCGAGGAGGUGAUCUUCCUGCCCCUGAUUGCAGGCUUAAUUUCCAUCAAGGUCACCGAGCUCAAAGGACUGGCCUCUCACCUCCUGGUGGGCAGCGUGACCUGUGAGACCAAAGAGCUGUUUGCAGCCCGGCCUCAGGCAGUGGCCGUGGACAUCAACGACUUGGGCACCGUCAAACUGAACCUGGAGAUCGCCUGGUACCCAUUUGACGUGGAGGACGUGACCGCAUCCUCCAGCGCGGGGAACAAGACGGCUGCCCUGCAGCGGAGAAUGUCCAUGUACAGCCAGGGCACCCCGGAAACGCCCACCUUCAAGGAUCACUCUUUCUUCUCCAAUCUACCUGAUGACAUCUUCGAGAAUGAGAAGGCCCCGGAGGAGACGGCACCGCUGUCACUCAGCUUUGGGGACCUGCCCACAGGGACCCCCAGUUCAGCCGAGCCUCGGACCAGCCUGGCCUCAACCAACCCCGAGAUCACCAUCACCCCAGCCCAGCUCCCCAGCCACCGUCGCUGCUCACAGGAGGGCCUCGGUGACACCAGCUCGGCCUCUUCCAGCAUCUCCUCGGCUGGAGCUCCAGAGCCCCCAGCCCUGCUGCAGGGUGACAGAGCCGGGCCCCAGCCUGACACUCCCGGGGCCUCUGCCAGUGGCCCCCAGCACCUGUUUCUGGAGAAGGAGGUGGCCGAGGCACUGCUGCAUGAGUCAGAUGAAGUGUCCGAGCUGAAGCCGGUGGAGCUGGACACCCUGGAGGGCAACAUCACCAAGCAACUGGUGGAGCGGCUCGCCUCGGCCCAGGUGCCCCCCACUGCCACCCAGAAGCUCUUCUUCGAAGGCUCAGUGAGUGGGGAGUCUGAGGGCUGCCGCUCCUUCCUGGAUGGGAGCCUGGAGGACGCCUUCGCCGGCCUUUUCCUGGCCUUGGAGCCCCACAAGGAGCAGUACAAGGAGUUUCAGGAGCUGAACCAGCAGGUCAUGCACCUGGAUGAGAUCCUCAAAUGCAGGCCCGCAGGGACCCACAGCAGUUCUUCUAGCUUGAGUCUCACGGUGGAAAGUGCCCUAGAAAGCUUUGACUUCCUGAACACCUCGGAUUUCGAUGAGGAAGAGGAGGAGGAGGACGGUGAUGAGGUUUGUCACACGGGAGGAGGAGCCGACUCUGUGUUCUCCGACACCGAGACGGAGAGAAAUGGCUACCGCGUAGUUCACCCAGAAGCCCGGGGGCACCUGAGCGAAGCGCUGACCGAGGACACGGGUGUGGGCACCAGCGUGACUGGAAGCCCCCUGCCCCUGACCUCGGGCAAUGAGAGUCUGGACUUGGCUAUCGUCAGGCACCUGCAGUACUGCACACAGCUCGUCCAGCAAAUUGUUUUCUCAAGCAAAACCCCCUUUGUGGCAAGAAACCUCCUAGAGAAGCUGUCCAGGGAGACCCUGGUGAUGGAGACACUGGCAUCCAUCAGCGACGAGCACAUUGGAAACAUCACUUCCGUCCUCGAAGCCAUCCCAGAAUUCCACAAAAAACCAUCUUUACUGGCCUUCUGGACCAAGUGCUGCAGCUCAGGGGGCAUCUACCACAGCUCAGCAGACAGAGUGAUCCGGCAGCUGGAUGCCAGCUUCGCCCGGGCCCUCAACACAGACUUUCCAGGCCUGGCAGACCCAGUGUUUCGAACCCUGGUGGCCCAAAUCCUGGACCGGGCGGAGCCUCUGCUUCCCUCCAACCCAUGCUCAGAAAUCAUCACUGUUUUCCAGUACUAUAGCUACUUCUCCAGCCGAGGAGUGAGCGAGCUGGAGGGUUACCUGAGCCAACUGGCCAAGCAAGUUUCCAUGGUACAAACCCUGCAGUCACUAAGAGAUGAGAAACUUCUGCAAGCCAUGAGUGACCUGGCUCCCAGCAGCCUCCUGGCCCCGCAGGAAAUGCUCCGGGCUCUGGCCCUGCUGUUGACGGGAGACAGCAGUGAAGUGUGUGAGGCUGUGAGACACCACUUGGCAGCAGCAUCCAGAAAUGAGCAUUUCCGGGAGAAGGCCUUGCUCUACUACUGUGAAGCUCUGACGAAGACAAACCUACAGCUCCAGAAGGCGGCUUGCCUGGCCUUGAAGAGCCUCGAGGCUACAGAGAGCAUCAAAAUGCUGGUGACUUUGUGUCAGUCCGAGACUGAAGAAAUUCGAAACGUGGCCUCAGAGACUCUCUUGUCUCUUGGUGAGUGAGAUGGACGGCUGGCGUAUGAACAGUUGGACAAUCCUCGAGAUCCUGCUAACACCGGAGGACACCAUGGAACCGAAGUCGCCACGGCCUUCUAAUGACCAGUCGAUUGCGCUUAGCUUAGCAUUGGCCUGAAUCAAGAUGGUGCUGCGUUGCCCUUAUAGUCUCCUUUCGACAAGUCUGCCACUGAGCCUGCUUAGGACAGGGUGAAUGUGCAGAGCUCUGCCCGUCUUUGUCUC